AAAAGAAAGGGAGCCUCCAGCUAUAAUACAGUUAAUAUUUUUUCCAGUUUGUCCAACCAACUUUUGACAACUAACUUUCAUUUAGUGCUGUCACUCGUUAUUUCCGAGAUUUUGAUACGAAGAGAAAACAGUGUGAAGCAUCUUCCAUUUGUUCCACACUGACCUGUUCUACCCCAACAAGGAUUCCUCUCUCACUUCAUCCGGGAACUAAUCAUCGGCUACUGAAGCAAUAAAAUACAGUGUUGGAUAAGGGAAGGAGAAGACAUGAGAGAAAUACAUGUGUCAGAGUAGCAGACAUACAUGACACCAGAUUCUCCAGUUCAGCACUGAUCCGAAUUGUGUCCAAGUGAAGUAUUUGUAACAGGAGAGUCUGAGCCUUUAUAAUACGGGGAAGAGCCAUGCGGUGCUCAGCUACUAUACGGGUCGUAUUGGUUCUAUGUACCCUGAUCACAACGUGGUAUUUUGCAGAGACAAUGUAUCCCAAUAAAGUCGAUAUGAAGAGUCUGAAACGCAUAUUUGAUAAUAUAGCUGAAGAGGAGCCAACGAAAAAGAAAGUCGAGUUCAGCUGCGGGAAUGAAAAACCCUGCCCAGACGGUUACUUUGCGUUUCGAAUUAUUAGCGGUGCAGGCAAUGUCGUGGGACCAUCUAUUUGCUUUGACAACACUAUUAUAAUGAGCAGUGUUAAAAAUAACGUUGGCCGAGGACUGAACAUUGCACUAAUAAAUGCUUCCAAUGGGACUUUGAUCAAAACUGGGACAUUUGAUAUGUAUUUUGCAGAUGUGAAACCACUACUGGAAUUUAUAAAGCCUGUGAAGGAUGGGACACUGGUGCUUGUUGCAUCUUAUGAUGAUCCAGGUACAAAUCUGAAUGAAGAAGCCAGGUCUUUAUUCAAAGAAUUUGGGAGCAUUCAUGCAAAGAAAGUAAAUUUCAGAGACGCCUGGAUCUUCGUGGGAGGAAAAGGGAUCAAUGCAGAAAGCUCAUUUGAACAGUAUCUCCAGAACAACAAGGAGACAAACAAAUAUGAUGGAUGGCCGGAGGUGCUGGAAGUGGAAGGCUGUAUUCCCAAGAAAUCAAACUAAAGACACAGGAUAGUCUCCUGCCCCACUUGCUCCCAUAGCAGAUCCAGUCAUCACAAUAUCCAAGGCCGCUGAACAAACUGUUAUCAAACACUAGUACUUGGCUUGUAACAAUGAAACAAGCCUAAAGCACAGACAAGACCUGUCUCUUCUCCCAACCAGGGACUGCAUAGACUUUAUUUAGUGUUGCCUUUAGUAUGUACUGGGAACACCGGAGCUGGAAUGUAAUUAGGGAUGAAUGAAGUCAACAGACGAGAGAAAAAAAAUAAAAUGGUCUCACUAAAGAGAAA